AUGGAAUGGAAGAAGUGUUAUUUGGAUGUGAUAUUGGUGCCAUUAGCAUUUCUGAUAAGCAUUGGUUAUCAUUUCUGGCUGUGGUACGCUGUUCGAACUCAUCCACACACAACUAUCAUUGGCAUCAAUGCCAGUGGUAGACGGAAUUGGGUUGCUGCCAUGAUGAAGGACAAUGAGAAAAAAAACAUCCUGGCUGUUCAGUCACUGCGGAACGCAAUCAUGGGUUCGAGCCUAAUGGCCACAACCUCUGUUCUCCUGUGCACAGGCCUAGCAGCAGUCAUAAGCAGCACUUACAGUGGGAAGAAGCCACUCGAUGACACAGUCUAUGGGGCACAUGGGGAGUUCAUGGUUGCUCUCAAAUAUGUCACUCUGCUCACUAUGUUCCUCUUCUCAUUCUUCUGCCACUCUCUUUCCAUAAGGUUCAUAAAUCAAGUUAACAUCCUAAUCAACACCCCGCAGGACUCAAUGUCCUUGGUGACCCCAGAAUAUGUGAAUGAGAUCUUACAGAAAGGCUUCAUUUUGAACACCGUCGGAAAUAGACUCUUCUAUGCAGCACUUCCUCUGUUGCUCUGGAUCUUUGGCCCGGUAUUGGUGUUCCUGUGCUCUCUCGCUAUGGUUCCAGUGCUUUACAACCUUGACUUUGUGGUCACUAGUAGUGGAAAGGGAAAGAUGGACGCGAAUGAGAAUAGGGAUUUUGUAUGA